GUCAAGUUGAUACAAAUGAGACAAUUAACCUUGGUAUACAUCAUGGCAUCUGGAACAAGCUUAAUGUUUUGGAUUAUAUUACUGGGAACCAUUUAUACUGCCCUUGCCCAGGAAGAUAUAGUUGCCGAACGUUUGGAAGUUGAUCCGGAGGACUGUCUCGCCCUAGAUGGGAUUCUGCCGGAUGAGACACGACCUGGCGGAGACUGUUGUCAUUUCAUACAAUGCGAUGCCUCAGAUUCGAACAAAACUGGGUUCAGAUUUGCCUGCAUGUAUCCGUUAGUGUGGCAUCUAGCAAUCGGCGCAUGCGAUGAAGACACCAACGUGGAAGGUCCCUGCAUACACACAACAUGUUCAUUUGCUCCUCCUCCGAAAGAUGUAUGUGAAAGUGAUGCAGAAAUAAAGGCAACUUACGGUAUUGAUUCAUGCUGCAUCGAGGGUGAAGAUGGCGUUUAUGAGGCUCUACAAGACAUCAGUCCAGCAGCAUAUAGAUUCAGAUAUCUCAAUGGAGAAUACCCCGAGGAUGAAGAGGAUUACUUAAGUUGUCCAAAAGGACAGAUCUUCAGUGCUAAUGACUGUUGUUGUGAAAGUGAUGCACCUAUUCUACCUGAAUGCGAAAGCGACAUCUAUUUCUCACUUCCGGAAGACGACUGUUGUACGUAUCAUCAAUGCUAUAUCAACAGGACGGGCUACUUUACUGGCGAAUGUUUAGGAACGGUCUGGAACCAGAAGAUACUCAACUGCGACGAUCCACAGUUUGUUGAAGGAUGUGAGGACGCAGACUGCCUCAUAAAUGGAGGGCCAACCGCUCCACCAUGCCCUGUAGAUUUAGAUAUAGAUCAACAAUGCUGCUUGGCUGGUAUUGUAUAUACGAAGGACUUCAGUGGUGUACUUAAUGGUGCGUCCUUCUUUAUUGGAGAAGUUGAUUUGGACAAUAUCGAGACAGUUAAGGCAACACAGAAUGUAGGAGUAUGUGAUGAAGGACAGGACUUUCAACUUGAGUGCUGUUGCUGCCUCGGCUCCAAAGACGAAUUUGUUGCCGAAUGCGAUUGCAUUGAGUUUACAUUUGAAAACGACUUGUCCCAUAAAGAUGCGCUCCAAGGCACUGCAAUUCAACUUGGGGACGCUGUAGUUGUUCCUUAUACUGGCAUAUGUGGAGAAGCCGCCUUGGAGUUUGCUGGUACAGAAUCUGCAGUAGUGAACUUCUUUGCUAGAAAAUCACUUGGAAAUGAUUUCACUUUUAGUUUUGGGGCCUCUGGUUCUGGUGUUGUAAUAACAAAUGGAGACAGUAACACUUCCCCGACAUUUUCCGUUGACCUUAGUGGUGGUACAGAAGUUGCCAUAACUUUGGAAAGUGGAGCUCAAGUUACUCUCAAUGGAGGGUCUGGAACAUUUGUUACUAUUGUGAAAGCUGACGACAGUCUCAAACUGUACAUAGAUGGUAAUCUUGCAGAUGAGCAGGAAGCUAAGGGAAAGGUUUUGGCCACAGACUGUCCUCUUAAGAUAGGGGAAGGAUACACCGGUCAAUUUGAUGAACUUGUUUAUUGUACAUUUGCUUACAAUGAUGCCCAAGUGAGCGGUCUUACUUCUUGCCAGGUCGACCAGGAUAUUCAAAAAUAAACCACAAGUAGAAAAGCUAUAUAUGGAUCUCCAACAGAAAGUAUAAACUAUGAAUAAGCACCAACGCUUAGUUUUUAUAUGAAUAUUUUGUACUAAUAAUUUCGAGAAUAAAGUGAUGAAACU